AUGUCUUCAUCUACGUCAUGUAUUAAAUGCUUCAUUUUAUCUCCAUUAAAAAUGCAAGUCAGAAAUAUUCAGAACAUAGCACCGAGUCUAACUGACAAGAGUAUAAAGAUAUACUAUGAACACGUUAUGAUGAAACCUACCAAAAUUCAAGAAAGUCAGUAUACUUAUGAAUAUCCAAGACACUGGGUAGAGUAUGUAGGAGGUGAGAAAGCUAUUGAAAUCAGACAGGUUCGAAGUAUUCCAGCAGGAAGAACAAUAUUAUUGAAGAACUUUAAUGUUUUGAGGUAUAAUGAUGAAACAAAGAAGCAAGAUAGUUUUCCUGUUGCUGUGUAUGUGAACUUAGAUACAGGAGAUGACAUGAAAGUUUUUAAUACAAAGCUUCAAACGGUAGUGAGAGAACAACUGACUGCGGAAGGACAUCCAUUACCUUCAGAAGUUACCAUAGCAUAUAAUUUUGAAACAAACUCAAUAGAUUUUAAAGUCAUCUCUGCAAAGAAGUCAGGUUUUACAUUUAAUGAAGCAGAUGUAUAUUCGAAUGAAAACUUCAAAGCUAUUGCAUGGUUAGAUAAUGACGAUUGCUUUAAGAAAAUAUUUAAAUUC